AUGAAUAAAAUAGGUUUGAUUGCUUUCUUGUUGUUCUUCAUUUAUGUGAUCGAUAGUCUUGAUGCAAUUCGAUGUUACAGUUGUCUUCAAGGCUGUCCUGAUCCAUUCAAUAAAGCGAAUCGGCAUGUUAAUCGAACGAAUUCAGCCAGUGGAUGGUGUAUGAAGUUGAAAACUUCGAGAGAUCACAAGUUGAUGGUUAUUCGCACUUCAGCACUAGCUGAUAUUUGUAAAAAAGACAAAUGUAAAUCAUCCUUUCAUGCCGGUACAAAAGCAAUCGGAUGUUGUUGUAACACAGAUCUAUGCAACCAUUCACCGGUAAUCAUUUCGUCACUGAAUAUCUGGCUGAUUAGCAUUGCAACGAAGUUUGCUCUUCCUUAG